CUCCAGCCGCGAGUGGAGCCGGGAUAGCUAGUGCCAGAGGAGGCAGUGGCGGCUGGGAGGCUGAGUCUGCGCGCCACGGGAGCCAGGCGGCCGGGCUCCUGCGCGCCAGGUCUAAAAACUGGAAGGGAACUGGAGGAACCAUGCCCUCUGAUUCUUUCUGUUUGGCUGCUCAGGCUCGACUAGACUCCAAAUGGUUGAAAACAGACAUACAGCUUGCAUUCACAAGAGAUGGACUAUGUGGCCUGUGGAAUGAAAUGGUUAAAGAUGGAGAAAUUAUAUAUACUGGAACAGAAUUAGCCCAGAAUGGAGACCUUCCUUCUAGAAAAGAUGAUGGUAUUGAUACUCAAAAUGGAACAAAGAAAGAAGAUCUUAAUGACAAAGAGAAAAAGGAGGAAGAAGAAACACCUUUGCCUGCAUGUAGGGCCAAGUCAAUCCUAGAGAGCUGGGUGUGGGGCAAACAACCAGAUGUGAAUGAACUGAAGGAGUGUCUCUCAGUGCUGGUGAAAGAGCAGCAGUCCCUGACUGUUCAGUCGGCUACCACAACCUUAUCAGCCCUGAGACUCAAACAGAGGUUGGUCAUCUUGGAGCGAUACUUCAUCGCUUUGAACAGAACUGUUUUUCAAGAGAAUGUCAAAGUUAAAUGGAAAAGCAUUUCUUUGCCUCCUGUGGACAAAAAAAGUUCCCGGCCUACAGGAAAAGGUGUGGAAGGACUGGCUAGAGUUGGUUCCCGAGCAGCCCUCUCCUUUGCCUUUGCAUUCUUACGAAGGGCCUGGCGGUCAGGGGAGGAUGCAGACCUCUGCAGCGAGCUGUUGCAAGAGUCUUUGGAUGCCCUGAGAGCUCUGCCUGAGGCUUCACUCUUUGACGAGAGUACCGUGUCCUCCGUGUGGCUGGAGGUUGUAGAAAGAGCAACCAAGUUCCUUAGAUCCGUUGUGACGGGGGAUGUGCACGGAUCGCCGGGGACUAAAGGAACUGGGAGCAUUCCCUUGCAGGACCAGCACCUGGCCCUGGCGAUUCUGUUAGAGCUAGCUGUGCAGAGAGGCACCCUUAGCCAAAUGCUAUCUGCCAUCCUAUUGUUGCUUCAACUGUGGGACAACGGGACACAGGAGACUGACAAUGAGCGAUCUGCCCAGGGUACCAGUGCCCCCCUCCUGCCUCUUUUGCAAAGAUUCCAGAGCAUCAUCUGUAGUAAAGAUGGCCCUCAUACAGAGGCUGACACCUUCCUUCUGUCUGGCCCUCUGAGCCCCAAUGAGAGUUUCCUACGGUACCUGACUCUCCCACAAGACAAUGAACUUGCCAUUGACCUCCGCCAAACGGCGGUUGUUGUGAUGGCGCACUUAGACCGCCUGGCUUCCCCCUGUAUGCCACCUCUGUGCAGCUCCCCAACAUCUCACAAGGGAUCAUUGCAGGAGGUCAUAGGUUGGGGGCUAAUAGGAUGGAAGUACUAUGCCAACGUGAUAGGUCCAAUUCAAUGUGAAGGCCUUGCAAACCUGGGGGUCACACAGAUCGCCUGUGCCGAGAAGCGCUUCCUGAUCUUGUCAAGAAAUGGCCGAGUGUACACGCAGGCGUACAACAGCGACUCUCUGGCCCCACAGCUGGUCCAGGGACUUGCAUCCAGGAACAUUAUAAAAAUUGCUGCUCACUCUGAUGGUCAUCACUACCUGGCCUUGGCUGCCACUGGAGAGGUGUACUCCUGGGGCUGUGGGGAUGGUGGACGGCUGGGCCAUGGGGACACAGUGCCUCUCGAGGAACCGAAGUUGAUCUCUGCUUUCUCUGGAAAGCAGACUGGGAAGCAUGUGGUGCACAUCGCCUGUGGAAGCACGUACAGUGCAGCUAUCACUGCUGAGGGGGAGCUGUAUACGUGGGGCCGUGGGAACUAUGGCCGCCUGGGACAUGGCUCCAGUGAAGAUGAGGCUAUCCCAAUGUUGGUAGCUGGACUUAAAGGGCUAAAAGUCAUUGAUGUGGCAUGUGGUAGCGGCGAUGCUCAGACUCUUGCAGUAACUGAGAAUGGUCAAGUAUGGUCUUGGGGAGAUGGUGACUAUGGGAAAUUGGGCAGAGGUGGUAGUGAUGGCUGCAAAACACCAAAGCUAAUUGAAAAGCUUCAAGACUUGGAUGUUGUCAAAGUGCGAUGUGGAAGUCAAUUUUCUAUUGCAUUGACAAAAGAUGGUCAAGUUUAUUCAUGGGGAAAAGGUGAUAACCAGAGACUUGGGCAUGGAACAGAGGAACAUGUUCGCUAUCCCAAACUCUUAGAAGGCUUGCAAGGGAAGAAGGUGAUUGAUGUGGCUGCGGGCUCCACCCAUUGCCUGGCUCUCACUGAGGACAGUGAAGUCCAUAGCUGGGGGAGCAAUGACCAGUGUCAGCACUUUGACACCUUGCGUGUGACCAAGCCAGAACCUGCUGCACUGCCAGGACUGGAUACCAAACACAUAGUUGGAAUUGCCUGUGGGCCUGCUCAGAGUUUUGCUUGGUCAUCUUGUUCUGAGUGGUCCAUUGGCCUCCGUGUCCCUUUUGUGGUAGACAUUUGCUCAAUGACUUUUGAACAGCUGGAUCUCUUACUUCGGCAAGUGAGUGAGGGGAUGGAUGGCACCUCAGACUGGCCACCCCCCCAAGAGAAAGAAUGCAUGGCUGUGGCAACGCUGAAUCUUCUACGACUUCAGUUGCAUGCUGCCAUCAGCCACCAGGUCGACCCAGAAUUCCUAGGUUUAGGCCUGGGUAGCGUCCUCCUCAACAGUCUGAAGCAGACGGUGGUAGCCCUGGCCAGCAGUGCUGGUGUGCUGGCCACAGUGCAGGUGGCUGCCCAGGCAGUGCUGCAGAGUGGGUGGUCUGUGCUACUGCCCACUGCUGAAGAGCGGGCCCGGGCACUCUCUGCUCUCCUGCCCUGUGCAGUUUCAGGCAAUGAAAUUAACAUAAGCCCAGGUCGUCGGUUCAUGAUCGAUCUUCUGGUGGGAAGCCUGAUGGCUGAUGGAGGCUUAGAGUCAGCUCUGAAUGCAGCCAUCACAGCUGAGAUUCAGUAUGAUUACUUCAAGCUCUGUCAAGAUGAGGUAAAGAAGGAUAUUGAAGCAAAAAAAGAAGCACAGAAGGAAAAAGAAAUUGAUGAGCAGGAAGCAAAUGCCUCCACCUUUCACAGAAGUAGAACUCCAUUGGAUAAAGACCUUAUUAAUACAGGGAUAUAUGAAUCUUCUGGAAAACAGUGUUUACCUUUGGUUCAGCUCAUACAGCAGCUUCUUAGAAACAUUGCUUCUCAGACGGUAGCCAGACUGAAAGAUGUUGCCCGUCGGAUUUCAUCUUGUCUGGAAUUUGAGCAGUGCAGUUGUGAAAGAUCUGCUUCACUGGAUUUGUUGCUGCGAUUUCAGCGUUUGCUUAUCAGUAAACUUUAUCCAGGAGAAAGUUUUGGCCAGACGUCAGAUAUUUCUAGUCCUGAGCUAAUGGGUGUCGGUUCUCUCCUCAAGAAGUACACAGCCCUGCUGUGCACACACAUUGGAGACAUACUGCCAGUGGCUGCCAGCAUUGCCUCCACCAGCUGGCGGCACUUUGCAGAGGUGGCCUGCAUCGUGGAAGGGGACUUCACUGGUGUUCUUCUUCCAGAACUAGUAGUUUCUAUAGUGCUUUUGCUCAGUAAAAAUGCUGGUCUUAUGCAGCAGGCUGGAGCUGUCCCUCUGCUGGGCAGCCUGUUGGAACAUCUGGAUCGGUUCAACCACCUGGCACCAGGAAAGGAAAGAGAUGACCAUGAAGAGUUAUCCUGGCCUGGCAUCAUGGGUCAGAACUGUAGAAAUAAUGAGGAGGUGACACUUAUACGCAAAGCUGAUUUGGAGAACCACAAUAAAGAUGGCGGCUUCUGGACUGUGAUUGAUGGGAAAGUGUAUGAUAUAAAAGAUUUUCAGACGCAAUCUUUAACUGGAAAUAGUAUUCUUGCUCAGUUUGCAGGGGAAGACCCCGUUGUAGCUUUGGAAGCUGCUUUGCAGUUUGAAGACACACGAGAAUCCAUGCAUGCCUUCUGUGUUGGCCAGUAUCUGGAGCCUGACCAAGAAGUCGUUACCAUACCAGAUCUGGGAAGUCUGUCUUCACCUCUGAUAGACACAGAAAGGAACCUGGGCCUACUUCUUGGAUUACAUGCCUCCUAUUUAGCUAUGAGCACACCCCUAUCUCCUGUUGAGGUCGAAUGUGCCAAGUGGCUUCAGUCAUCCAUCUUUUCUGGAGGCCUGCAGACCAGCCAGAUCCACUAUAGCUACAAUGAGGAGAAGGAUGAAGACCACUGCAGUUCUCCUGGGGGCACCCCAGCUAGCAAGUCUCGCCUCUACUCCCAUGGACGGGCUCUGGGGGACCAUUCCCAAGCAUUCCUCCAAGCCAUUGCUGACAAUAAUAUUCAAGAUCAUAAUGUGAAGGACUUUCUCUGUCAAAUAGAAAGGUACUGCAGGCAAUGCCACUUGACUACACCAAUCACAUUUCCUCCUGAGCAUCCUGUGGAAGAAGUUGGCCGCUUACUUUUAUGCUGCCUCUUAAAACAUGAAGAUUUAGGUCAUGUAGCUCUAUCCUUAGUUCAUGGUGGCGCACUUGGUAUCGAGCAGGUAAAGCAUAGAACUUUGCCUAAAUCAGUGGUGGAUGUUUGUAGAGUUGUCUACCAAGCAAAGUGUUCACUCAUUAAGACACAUCAAGAGCAGGGCCGUUCUUACAAGGAGGUCUGCGCUCCAGUUAUUGAACGUUUGAGAUUCCUCUUUAAUGAACUGCGUCCUGCCGUUUGUAAUGACCUUUCUAUCAUGUCCAAGUUUAAGCUGCUAAGUUCUUUGCCCCGUUGGAGGAGAAUAGCUCAGAAGAUAAUUCGAGAGCGAAGGAAAAAGAGAGUUCCUAAGAAACCAGAAUCAACUGAUGAUGAAGAAAAAAUUGGAAAUGAAGAAAGUGAUUUAGAAGAAGCCUGCAUUUUGUCCCAUAGUCCUAUCAAUGUGGACAAAAGACCCAUUACAAUUAAAUCACCUAAGGAUAAAUGGCAGCCAUUGCUGAGCACAGUUGCAGGUGUUCACAAAUACAAGUGGUUGAAGCAGAAUGUUCAGGGUCUCUACCCUCAGUCUGCGCUCCUUAGUACAGUUGCUGAAUUCGCACUGAAAGAAGAGCCAGUGGAUGUAGAAAAAAUGAGAAAGUGCCUACUGAAGCAGUUGGAGAGAGCAGAGGUUCGCCUGGAAGGAAUAGAUACAAUUUUAAAGCUGGCAACCAAGAAUUUCUUACUUCCGUCUGUACAAUAUGCUAUGUUCUGUGGAUGGCAAAGACUCAUUCCUGAGGGGAUUGACAUAGGGGAACCCCUUACUGAUUGUUUAAAGGAUGUUGAUUUGAUCCCACCUUUUAAUCGUAUGCUGUUGGAAGUAACUUUUGGCAAGCUGUAUGCUUGGGCUGUUCAGAAUAUUCGAAACAUUUUGAUUGAUGCAAAUGCCAAGUUUAAGGAGCUUGGUAUCCAGCCUGUUCCCCUGCAAACCAUCACGAAUGAAAACUCGUCAGGACCUAGUCUUGGGACCACUCCCCAGGCUCGUUUUCUCCUCGUGAUGCUCAGCAUGCUCACUUUGCAGCAUGGAGCAAACAACCUGAACCUUCUGCUCAACUCUGGCAUGCUUGCCCUCACGCAGACUGCACUUCGGCUGAUUGGCCCUAGUAGUGACAACAUUGAAGAGGACUUGAAUGCUGCUGCCAUAGGUUCUUCUGCAACUGUGUUGGAAGAGACAAGGAAGGAAACCACUCCGGUACAGCUUCCAGUUUCAGGACCAGAACUGGCUGCCAUGAUGAAGAUUGGAACCCGGGUCAUGAGAGGUGUUGAUUGGAAGUGGGGUGAUCAGGAUGGACCACCUCCUGGCCUUGGUCGUGUGAUUGGUGAACUGGGAGAGGAUGGGUGGAUCCGGGUCCAAUGGGACACAGGCAGCACCAACUCCUACAGGAUGGGAAAAGAGGGAAAGUAUGACCUCAAAUUGGCAGAGCUACCUGCCUCCACGCAGCCCUCAGCAGACGACUCAGACACAGAGGAUGACUCUGAAGCUGAACAAAUUGAACGGAACAUUCACCCCACAGCAAUGAUGCUCACCAGCACUAUUAAUCUACUGCAGACUCUUUGUCUCUCUGCUGGAGUUCACGCUGAAAUCAUGCAGAGUGAAGCCACCAAGACUCUGUGUGGACUGCUUCGAAUGUUAGUGGAAAGUGGGACAACAGACAAGACAUCAUCCCCCAGUAGGCUGGUGUGCCGGGAGCAGCACCGGAGCUGGUGCACGCUGGGAUUCGUGCGCAGCAUCGCGCUCACGCCUCACAUGUGCGCCGCCCUCAGUUCCCCGCAGUGGAUCGCCCUACUCAUGAAGGUUGUGGAGGGACACGCCCCAUUUACUGCUGCCUCUCUGCAGCGUCAGAUCCUAGCUGUCCACUUACUACAAGCUGUGCUUCCAUCUUGGGACAAGACAGAAAGGGCACGAGACAUGAAGGGCCUGGUGGAAAAGCUGUUUGGGUUCCUGGGCAGCUUGCUCACCACAUGCUCUUCUGACAUUCCCUUUCUCAGAGAAUCCACCCUGAGGAGGCGAAGGGCCCGCCCACAGGCUUCUCUGACGGCUACUCACAGCAGCACUCUGGCGGAGGAGGUAGUGGCGCUGCUCCGCACACUACACUCCCUUGGACAGUGGAACGGACUUAUAAACAAAUACAUCAACUCCCAACUGCACUCGGUCUCCCUCAGCUGCUCAGGAAAACCCUUGGAGGGGGCCCAGUUAGAGGACUACUUUCCGGAGCAUGAGAAUCCUGAGGUUGGGGGCCUCAUGGCAGUGCUGGCUGUGAUUGGGGGCAUCGAUGGACGGCUGCGACUCGGGGGCCAAGUCAUGCACGACGAGUUUGGGGAAGGCACUGUGACUCGCAUCACCCCAAAGGGCAAAAUCACUGUGCAAUUUUCAGACAUGCGCACUUGUCGAGUUUGCCCAUUAAAUCAUCUGAAGCCACUUCCUGCUGUGGCAUUUAGUGUCACCAACCUGCCCUUCACUGAGCCCAUGCUUUCUGUUUGGGCUCAGUUGGUGAACCUUGCUGGAAGCAAAUUGGAAAAGCACAAAAUCAAGAAAUCACUUAAGCAGGGCUUUACAGGACAAGUGGACCUGGACCUGCUAAGGUGCCAACAGUUGAAGCUGUACAUUCUGAAGGCAGGCCGUGCAUUGCUUUCUCAUCAGGACCAGCUCCGGCAGAUCUUGUCCCAGCCUGCAGUUCAGGAGGCCACAACUGCUCAUACAGAUGAUGCAGCAGCUUCAUCCCCUGACCUUGGGGACAUGUCUCCUGAAGGACCGCAGCCCCCAAUGAUCCUGUUGCAGCAAUUACUGACCUCAGCUACCCAGCCAUCUCCCGUGAAGGCCAUAUUUGACAAGCAGGAGCUUGAGGCUGCUGCGCUUGCUGUGUGCCAGUGUUUAGCUGUGGAGUCCACACAUCCUUCCAGCCCAGUGUUUGACGAUUGCAGCUCCAGUGAGUCCACGACGCCUGUCCCUAUGCAGCACAAUCGGCCCAUCAGAGCAAAGAGACGCAAGCAGUCACCCACUCCUGCCUUGCCCAUCGUGAUUCAGCUCAUGGAAAUGGGGUUUCCUAGAAGAAACAUAGAGUUUGCAUUGAAGUCACUCACAGGUGCUUCUGGGAAUGCUGCUGGCUUGCCAGGUGUGGAGGCCCUGGUUGGGUGGCUGCUGGACCAUGCUGAUGUGCAGGUCACCGAUCUCUCAGAUGUAGACACAGGAUCUGAGGAGUGCUCAGAUGAGGAAGUGGUGGAAGAGGUGGAUGACUCGGCCUAUGCAAUGUCUUCUGGUGCUGUUGUAACGGAGAGUCAGACUUACAAAAAACGAGCUGAUUUCUUGAGUAAUGAUGAUUAUGCGGUGUAUGUGAGAGAGAAUAUUCAGGUGGGAAUGAUGGUUAGGUGCUGUCGAACUUAUGAAGAAGUGUGUGAAGGAGAUGUGGGCAAAGUCAUCAAAUUAGAUAGAGAUGGUUUACAUGACCUCAAUGUGCAGUGUGACUGGCAGCAGAAAGGAGGCACUUACUGGGUUAGGUAUAUUCAUGUGGAGCUUAUAGGCUAUCCUCCACCAAGUUCUCCUUCUCACAUCAAGAUUGGUGAUAAGGUUCGUGUCAAAGCCUCAGUCACCACACCAAAGUACAAGUGGGGAUCCGUGACUCAUCAAAGUGUGGGAAUCGUGAAAGCUUUCAGCGCUAAUGGAAAAGACGUUAUUGUCGACUUUCCUCAGCAAUCUCACUGGACCGGACUCUUAUCAGAAAUGGAGUUGGUGCCUAGUGUCCAUCCUGGGGUUACGUGUGAUGGUUGUCAGAUGUUUCCUAUCAAUGGAUCAAGAUUCAAAUGCAGAAACUGUGAUGACUUUGACUUUUGUGAAACGUGUUUCAAGACCAGAAAACAUAGCACCAGGCAUACGUUUGGCAGAAUAAAUGAACCAGGACAGUCUGCAAUAUUUUGUGGCCGUUCUGGAAAACAGCUGAAGCGCUCUCACAACAGUCAACCUGGAAUGCUGCUAGACAGUUGGUCCCGGAUGGUGAAGAACCUCAAUGUGUCAUCUUCUGUGAAUCAAGCUUCUCGUCUGAUUGAUGGCAGCGAGCCCUGCUGGCAGUCUUCUGGGUCCCAAGGAAAGCAUUGGAUUCGCUUGGAGAUCUUCCCAGAUGUUCUUGUUCAUAGAUUAAAAAUGAUAGUUGAUCCUGCUGACAGUAGCUAUAUGCCUUCCCUGGUUGUGGUGUCAGGUGGAAAUUCCCUAAAUAAUCUAAUUGAACUAAAGACAAUCAAUAUUAACCCCACUGAUACCACAGUAUCUCUUCUGAAUGAUUGCACAGAGUAUCACAGAUAUAUUGAAAUUGCGAUAAAGCAGUGCAGGAGUUCUGGAAUUGACUGUAAAAUUCAUGGUCUUAUUCUCCUGGGACGGAUUCGUGCAGAGGAGGAAGACUUGGCUGCAGUUCCUUUUCUUGCUUCAGACAAUGAAGAGGAAGAAGAUGAGAAAGGCAGCAGUGGGAGCCUUAUUAGAAAGAAAACUGCAGGCCUGGAAUCGACAGCAACAAUAAGAACCAAAGUGUUUGUGUGGGGACUGAAUGACAAGGACCAGCUGGGUGGGUUGAAGGGCUCUAAGAUAAAGGUUCCUUCAUUCUCUGAGACGCUAUCUGCUUUGAAUGUAGUACAGGUGGCCGGUGGUUCGAAGAGUUUGUUUGCAGUGACUGUGGAAGGAAAAGUGUAUGCCUGUGGAGAAGCCACGAAUGGCCGACUGGGGCUGGGCAUCUCCAGUGGCACCGUACCAAUCCCUCGGCAGAUCACGGCCCUCAGCAGUUACAUGGUCAAGAAGGUGGCCGUUCACUCAGGUGGUCGGCAUGCCACAGCUCUGACUGUCGAUGGGAAAGUAUUUUCCUGGGGUGAAGGUGAUGAUGGCAAACUCGGGCACUUCAGCAGACUGAACUGUGACAAACCACGACUGAUAGAGGCCCUGAAAACCAAGCGUAUCCGGGAUAUUGCCUGUGGAAGUUCACAUAGUGCCGCACUCACAUCCAGUGGUGAACUGUAUACUUGGGGCCUUGGAGAGUACGGACGAUUGGGACAUGGGGAUAACACAACACAACUGAAGCCCAAAAUGGUGAAAGUCCUUCUUGGCCACAGAGUAAUCCAGGUUGCGUGUGGAAGCAGAGAUGCACAGACCCUGGCUCUGACAGAUGAAGGCUUAGUGUUUUCCUGGGGUGAUGGUGACUUUGGAAAAUUAGGUCGAGGAGGAAGUGAAGGCUGUAAUAUCCCCCAGAACAUCGAGAGACUGAAUGGGCAAGGAGUGUGCCAGAUUGAAUGUGGAGCCCAGUUCUCUUUGGCACUCACCAAAUCAGGCGUGGUCUGGACAUGGGGUAAAGGAGAUUACUUCAGGCUGGGCCAUGGCUCAGAUGUGCAUGUGCGGAAGCCACAGGUGGUGGAAGGCUUGAGAGGGAAGAAGAUUGUGCAUGUGGCUGUUGGAGCCUUGCACUGCCUGGCAGUCACAGAUGCAGGGCAGGUCUAUGCUUGGGGUGACAAUGACCAUGGCCAGCAAGGCAAUGGUACAACCACAGUCAAUAGAAAACCCACUCUUGUACAAGGCCUAGAAGGUCAGAAGAUCACACGUGUGGCCUGUGGGUCAUCCCACAGUGUGGCAUGGACAACUGUUGAUGUGGCAACACCCUCUGUUCAUGAGCCAGUCCUCUUCCAGACUGCAAGAGAUCCUUUGGGUGCUUCCUAUUUAGGAGUGCCUUCAGAUGCUGAUUCUUCUGCAGUUAGUAAUAAAAUCAGUGGUGCAAUGAAUUCUAAGCCAAAUCGCCCUUCUCUUGCCAAGAUUCUCCUGUCCUUGGAUGGAAACCUAGCCAAACAACAGGCUUUAUCUCAUAUACUUACAGCAUUGCAAAUCAUGUAUGCCAGAGAUGCAGUAGUUGGGGCCUUGAUGCCAGCUGGGAUGAUGACCCCUGUGGAGUGCCCCUCAUUCUCCUCUGCUCCAGCUUCUGACGCCUCUGCCAUGGCUAGUCCCAUGAAUGGAGAGGAAUGUGUGCUGGCUAUUGACAUUGAAGACAGACUCAGUCCAAAUCCAUGGCAAGAAAAGAGAGGAGAGAUGAUCUCUUCUGAGGAUGCCAUAACCCCCUCAGCAGUGACCCCCUCAGCUUCUUCAGCUUCUUCUCGACCAUUUAUUCCAGUGACGGAUGACCCAGGAGCUGCCAGCAUCAUUGCAGAAACCAUGACCAAAACCAAAGAGGAUGUUGAAAGCCAAAACAAGGCAUCAGGCCCAGAACCUCAGUCCCUGGAUGAGUUCACUAGUCUGCUGGUUGCUGAUGACACCCGUGUCGUGGUGGACCUGCUCAAGCUGUCUGUCUGUAGCCGGGCAGGAGACAAGGGCAAGGACGUGCUGUCAGCUGUGCUGUCUGGUAUGGGCACUGCCUACCCACAGGUGACUGAUAUGUUGCUGGAGCUCUGUGUCACUGAGUUGGAGGACGUUGCCACAGACUCACAGAGUGGCCGCCUGUCCUCUCAGCCUGUUGUGGUGGAGAGUAGCCAUCCCUACACAGAUGACACCUCUUCCAGUGGCACAGUGAAGAUACCAGGCGCAGAAGGACUCAGAGUGGAGUUUGACAGACAGUGCUCUACGGAGAGGCGCCAUGACCCUCUUACAGUCAUGGAUGGCGUCAACAGGAUUGUCUCUGUGCGGUCAGGUCGAGAGUGGUCCGACUGGUCCAGCGAGCUGCGUAUCCCGGGGGAUGAGUUGAAGUGGAAGUUCAUCAGUGAUGGGUCUGUGAAUGGGUGGGGCUGGCGCUUCACUGUCUAUCCCAUCAUGCCAGCCGCAGGGCCCAAAGACCUCCUUUCUGAUCGCUGCGUCCUCUCCUGUCCGUCCAUGGAUUUGGUAACUUGUCUGCUAGACUUUCGACUCAAUCUCGCCUCCAACCGUAGCAUCAUCCCUCGCCUUGCGGCAUCACUUGCAGCCUGUGCGCAGCUGAGUGCCUUAGCUGCCAGCCACAGAAUGUGGGCCCUUCAAAGACUGAGGAAGUUGCUUACAACUGAAUAUGGGCAAUCAAUUAACAUAAACAGGCUGCUUGGAGAUAAUGAUGGGGAAACAAGAGCCUUGAGUUUUUCAGGCAGUGCUCUGGCUGCUUUGGUGAAAGGCCUUCCAGAAGCUUUGCAAAGGCAGUUUGAAUAUGAAGAUCCUAUUGUGAGAGGUGGAAAACAGCUGCUUCACAGUCCAUUCUUUAAGGUGCUGGUAGCUCUUGCUUGUGACCUGGAACUAGACACUCUGCCUUGCUGUGCUGAGACACACAAGUGGGCUUGGUUCCGAAGGUACUGCAUGGCUUCCCGUGUAGCUGUGGCCCUGGACAAGAGGACACCAUUGCCCCGCUUGUUUCUUGAUGAGGUGGCUAAAAAAAUUCGUGAGUUAAUGGCAGACGUUGAAAGCAUGGAUGUUCUUCAUGAGAGCCAUGACAUUUUUAAAAGAGAGCAAGAUGAACAACUUGUGCAGUGGAUGAACAGGAGACCAGAUGACUGGACUCUCUCUGCUGGUGGCAGUGGAACAAUUUAUGGAUGGGGACAUAAUCAUAGGGGUCAGUUGGGGGGAAUUGAAGGUGCAAAAGUUAAAGUCCCCACUCCAUGUGAAGCCCUGGCGACUCUCAGGCCUGUGCAGUUAAUUGGAGGAGAACAAACUCUUUUUGCAGUGACAGCUGAUGGGAAGCUGUAUGCCACUGGGUAUGGUGCUGGUGGCCGACUAGGAAUUGGAGGGACAGAGUCGGUAUCCACUCCAACACUACUUGAAUCUAUUCAGCAUGUCUUUAUUAAGAAAGUAGCUGUGAACUCAGGAGGAAAACACUGCCUUGCCCUUUCUUCAGAAGGAGAAGUUUACUCUUGGGGGGAGGCAGAAGAUGGGAAGCUGGGGCAUGGCAACAGAAGUCCAUGUGACCGUCCCCGGGUCAUUGAGUCUCUGAGAGGAAUUGAGGUGGUUGAUGUUGCUGCUGGUGGAGCCCACAGUGCCUGUGUCACUGCAGCUGGGGACCUCUACACGUGGGGCAAAGGCCGGUAUGGUCGGCUGGGCCACAGUGACAGUGAGGACCAGUUAAAACCGAAACUGGUGGAGGCGCUGCAGGGCCACCGUGUGGUCGACGUGGCUUGUGGCAGUGGGGAUGCCCAGACUCUCUGCCUCACUGAUGAUGACACUGUCUGGUCCUGGGGGGACGGAGACUAUGGCAAACUCGGCAGAGGUGGCAGUGAUGGCUGUAAAGUCCCCAUGAAGAUCGACUCUCUUACAGGCCUUGGAGUGGUGAAGGUGGAGUGUGGAUCCCAGUUUUCUGUUGCCCUUACUAAAUCUGGUGCUGUCUAUACUUGGGGCAAAGGUGAUUAUCACAGGCUGGGCCAUGGAUCUGAUGACCAUGUCCGAAGACCUCGGCAGGUCCAAGGGCUACAGGGGAAGAAAGUCAUUGCCAUUGCUACUGGCUCCCUGCACUGUGUGUGUUGCGCUGAGGACGGUGAGGUUUAUACAUGGGGCGACAAUGAUGAGGGACAGCUGGGAGAUGGAACGACAAACGCCAUCCAGAGGCCUAGGUUGGUAGCUGCCCUUCAGGGUAAGAAGGUCAACCGUGUGGCCUGUGGCUCAGCACACACCCUUGCCUGGUCGACCAGCAAGCCUGCCAGCGCUGGAAAGCUGCCUGCACAGGUUCCCAUGGAAUAUAACCACCUGCAGGAAAUCCCCAUCAUAGCACUGCGGAACCGGCUGCUGCUGCUCCACCACAUCUCAGAGCUCUUCUGCCCCUGCAUCCCCAUGUUUGACCUGGAGGGUUCUCUUGAUGAGACUGGACUUGGGCCUUCAGUGGGAUUUGACACUCUGCGAGGAAUUCUGAUAUCCCAGGGAAAGGAGGCAGCUUUCAGAAAAGUUGUACAAGCAACAAUGGUGCGAGAUCGCCAGCAUGGUCCUGUAGUGGAGUUGAACCGAAUCCAGGUCAAACGUUCCAGGAGCAAAGGUGGCCUUGCAGGUCCUGACGGAACCAAGUCUGUCUUUGGGCAGAUGUGUGCCAAGAUGAGCUCCUUUAGUCCUGACAGCCUCCUCCUCCCACACCGUGUCUGGAAAGUCAAGUUUGUGGGUGAAUCUGUGGAUGACUGUGGUGGCGGCUACAGUGAGUCCAUAGCCGAAAUCUGUGAGGAGCUACAGAAUGGACUCACCCCCCUUUUGAUUGUGACACCCAAUGGGAGAGAUGAGUCUGGAGCCAACCGUGACUGCUACCUGUUCAGCCCAGCUGCCAGGGCACCAGUGCACACCAACAUGUUCCGCUUCCUCGGUGUGUUACUGGGCAUCGCCAUACGGACUGGGAGCCCCCUGAGUCUCAAUCUGGCUGAGCCUGUGUGGAAGCAACUAGCGGGGAUGAACCUCACCAUUGCAGACCUCAGUGAGGUGGAUAAAGAUUUUAUUCCUGGGCUCAUGUACAUCCGGGACAAUGAAGCUACCUCAGAGGAGUUUGAGGCCAUGAGCCUGCCCUUCACAGUACCAAGCGCUAGCGGCCAGGACAUUCAGCUAAGCUCCAAGUACACGCACAUCACCUUGGACAACCGUGCCGAGUACGUCCGGCUGGCGAUAAACUACAGACUUCAUGAAUUUGAUGAGCAAGUGGCUGCUGUUCGGGAGGGGAUGGCCCGAGUUGUGCCCGUCCCCCUGCUUUCUCUCUUCACAGGAUACGAAUUGGAAACAAUGGUGUGCGGCAGCCCAGACAUCCCAUUGCAUCUCCUGAAGUCGGUGGCCACAUACAAAGGGAUUGAACCUUCUGCACCCCUGGUCCAGUGGUUCUGGGAAGUGAUGGAAUCCUUCUCCAACACAGAGCGCUCCCUCUUCCUCCGCUUUGUGUGGGGCCGGACAAGACUGCCCAGAACCAUCGCCGACUUCCGUGGCAGGGACUUUGUCAUCCAGGUAUUAGAUAAAUACAACCCUCCUGAUCACUUCCUUCCUGAGUCCUAUACCUGCUUCUUUUUGCUGAAGUUGCCCAGGUAUUCCUGUAAGCAAGUGCUGGAGGAGAAGCUGAAAUACGCCAUCCACUUUUGCAAAUCAAUAGAUACAGAUGAUUAUGCACGCAUAGCCCUCACAGGAGAGGCAGCUGCCGAUGAUAGCAGUGACGAUUCAGAGAAUGAAGACGUGGAUUCAUUUGCUUCAGACUCCACCCAGGAUUAUUUAACGGGACACUGAGGUAGAGACAUGCCCUACCAAGAACCCCAUGAGACUGAGGAGGAAAGUCAAGUGCUACUGUGUGGGGCGCAGAAGGUUGGGGUGUCUUCUAAAUGUACAGGGGUGGGCAGAGGUUGCAGGGGAAUGUAAUAAUGAACUGAGGAAUAAUGGGAAAGUCAGCCUUGCAAAUGGAGCACUAUGUGGAAACUAGCAUUUAUUUUUGAGACUUAAGAGGGUCUUCUCACCCCCCAACACUGCAUUAUAUGUAGGAUUUCCAUAUUUACUAAAGUGUGUAAAUGUUUAUAUAAAUACAGAAUCGCAGCAUCUCCCCCCUUCCCCUAAAUGAAUAAAAAGCCUUUUUACUGUGGGUACAAUAGUUUUUUUUUCUUCCUUUCAAGUGCUGUGCAUUGUCUGGAUUAUACAUCAGAAAUACUGUGUAACAAUUAAGUCACAUCAUAAAUAUUUCAAUUAAUUUUACCCAGACUUUGUUUAUUAUAAGUUUUUGAACAUUAAAUGAUCAGUAUUACUAGAAUGCAUCUAGGGUUUUUUUAAAAAAACAAAACAAAACAAAAGAACAAAAGGCCCAUGCUCUCUUCUUCCCCGGGUGCACAUUUCAGCAUUUGUCAUGUGUUACUCAACCUUUCUGUGAGAGUGUCAUAACUUCUGUCAUGGAAAGUAUACUAUAUAUAAUGUUUGUAUGAUGUACAAUUCCAUAUAAAUAAAACAUCUGUCACAAAAUUUUAA